AUGAAGAACUUGAUCUUAGUAUUGGUCACCUUAUUGAUAAUUGUCAAUGCUACUAAUCAUCCAAAGUGGAGCCGGAAGCUAUUAGAGGAUGAAAAAGACUUAGAGAUCUUGAAAUAUGAUAUGGUUGUAGCUUUAGACGGUAGUGGUAAUUUCACUACCAUUUCUAAAGCCAUAAAAGCUAUUCCUGUGUUGGCUUCUAGGAUCAUUAUUAUAAAAAUAAAAGCGGGCAAAUACCAAGAGAAUCUAAACUUUCCCGCUAACAAGACUAAUAUUUUUUUGGUUGGGGAUGGAAAAGGCAUCACUAUCAUUACCGGAACCAAAAACGGACAUGCAGGUUACAAUACCUUGGAGACUGCAACUGUAGUUGUUGAAACUCAUACACUAUUUCUGGCGAGUAACAUUACUUUCGAGAAUGCAGCAGGACCUUCAAAUUAUCAAGCUGUUGCCCUAGCGUUAACAGGGAUUGGUGCCACUCAAGAGUUUGAAGGCGUCAAAGAGAAAUUCAAAACAUAUUUAGGGAAGCCAUGGAAGAAGUAUUCGAGAACUAUUGUCAUGGAAAGUUAUAUAAUUGACCCAACUGUCUGGUUAGAGUGGCAGGGCACUAAUUUUGGUCUCGACACCUUAUUCUAUAGAGAGUAUAAUAACGUUGGACCUGGUGCUCAAACCUCUAAUAGAGUCAAAUGGAAGGGAUUCAAAGUGAUCACUGAUGCUGCUGAGGCCGAACCUUUCACUCCGAAAAACUUUUCGAAUGGUUAA